GGCACCAGGUCUUGGGCACCUGGGGACCGCCGCCCUCCCCGCCGCCGGGCCGUAGCAUUGGGGUGGGGGUGGAGGGCUAAGAAUCCUGAAUCGCCCAAUGGCGAAGAGUGCCGAGCGCUGUGCAAAUAACGUGACUGUCUUUGGGCGUCAGCUCGUUCAGAGCCCAGAGUCCCGCUCCGCCCUCUCUCGAAGAAAUGGCUAGACUUUUUUUUAGCCAACGCCUUGAGUGGUAGAAUAGGCAGCGGGCUCUUGAAGCUGAUUAGGGAUACGGAAUUCUCUAAAAGAAAGGGGACAUAGAAAAAGGAAAGCUGCAUACGCUGCGCGCUGUCUCAGUGGUUUCUGAGUUAGGUUCCCCCAUGUUAGCUUCUACACGUGGUUGACUCCCGUCAGCCACCGUAGGCCCCACAAGCAGCGGUACACUUUCCUCCGGUCCUUCGACCGUUAGCUCUGCGCUUGCUCACCAGCUUGCCUUGCCUUACGCACCUACCCCCUCCUUCCAUUCCGUCUCCCUCGCAGCAGCCUCCGCGGGCCGGGACUGCGCAUGCGUACUGACACCCCCACCGACCUGGCGUGGGAGGAGGGGAUGGAAAUGAGGCUGGGCCCAGCGGCUCGCGCGCGCUCCCUCCCUUGCCCUCCCGUUGCAGGCCAGGCGGUGCAGCUCCGCGGCGUCCGAAGGCAGCGCCGCAGCGGCCGCGGCUGCCGCGGGAGGGGCCCAGAGCCCCGCCCCCGGGGAGGGGCCGUCCGCAGGUCUCCCCUCUACCCUCCCCGGCUCCAGCUCCAUACCGGGGAUGAAACUUGGCGACAAGAAGGAGGGAGUUCACACGGCGUCAAUGGACUGAGACUAAGCCAAGCGCCCGGCCCUCCCUGUAGGUUCCUGGGUCAGCAAGAUGCAGGAGCGCGAUGUGGAGUCUGCGGCCGGGGUCACGGAUCCUAGUCCCACUGGCAAGGAGCCUGUGACCAAGAGAGAAGCUCCCGACCAGGGCCUGACGCAGAAGCCCAGCCAGUCGGUUCCAGGGCCCGACACAUCCGCGGGGGCGCCUUCCCGACCCCGCCGGCGGCCCCCGCCCCAGCGCCCGCACCGCUGCCCCGACUGUGACAAGGCCUUCUCAUACCCGUCCAAGCUGGCCACGCACCGGUUGGCGCACGGCGGCGCCCGCCCCCACCCGUGCCCCGACUGCCCCAAGGCCUUCUCCUACCCCUCCAAGCUGGCAGCCCAUCGCCUCACGCACAGCGGCGCCCGCCCCCACCCGUGCCCGCACUGCCCAAAGGCCUUUGGCCACCGAUCCAAGCUGGCAGCCCACCUCUGGACCCACGCGCCCGCCCGCCCCUACCCGUGCCCCGACUGCCCCAAGUCCUUCUGCUACCCCUCCAAGCUGGCAGCCCACCGCCACACGCACCAUGCCACGGACGCCCGCCCCUAUCCUUGCCCACACUGCCCCAAGGCUUUUUCAUUCCCCUCCAAGCUGGCCGCCCAUCGCCUAUGUCACGAUCCCCCCACCGCACCGGGCAGCCAGGCCACUGCCCGGCAUCGCUGCUCCAGCUGCGGCCAGGCAUUUGGCCAGAGACGCCUCCUACUCCUUCACCAACGAAGCCACCACCAGGCUGAGAGCCAGGGGGAGCGGGAGUGAGCCCACCCCUUGGCUCGCUGGCUCCCUCUGCCGCCAGCCCCGAUCAAUAAAGAGGUGGCAUCUCUAAGCCUGUA